AUGUCUACUGUAAUAUGUGAAGAAAAUGGUUGUAGUCAAUUAACUGUUGCUAAAUGUAUGCAUUGUGAUAAUCAUCUAUGUUUAAAAUGUUUAACAAGUCAUCAACAACCACUCGAUACGAAAAUUUGUCAAUUGACUAAUGAUAUGAAUAAAUUACUAUCAUUAUCAACCUCAGAUAAUAAUGAUAAUAAUCAAUUCGAUCAUCCACAAAUAAGUGCUAAAAAACAAUAUACAUCUGUUAUGGAACAAAUCGAUCAUUGGGAAAUGAUAAUGACAAAAAAAUUAAAUGAUUUAGUAUCAUCUACACGUCAAUCAUUACAAAAUUCAUUUGAACAAAUAUCAUUUGAAAUUGAAGAAUGGUCAACAGACAGGCAAAUCGAAUUACAAGAAUUAGCAGAAAAUAUUGAACAAUUAUCACUUGAAGUAAAAGAUGAUUCAAAUGUACGUAUGCAAAUCGAUUUAUAUAAUCGACAAAUUCAAAAAUAUAUGAAAGAAUAUGAAUAUGCUCAUGUUGAAUUAAAUCUUAUAAAUACAGACUUCAUAUCAUUUCCAUCUUUAUCAUUAAAACUAUUUCAUUUAUUUGAACAUUCAAUAAAUUUUGAUCUAUCAUUAAUUCGAGAUCCACCAAAUGUUUGUUUUGAUGCUUCGAAAUUAUCUUCAGCAAUAUUGUCUUCAGUCUCACCAUCAAAUUCUCUUAAUCGUCGAGAAAAAAUGGUUUUACCCAGUGUUUUAGUUAGUUCACAAAAUCGAAUUAUUUUAUUUUCAAAUAAAACCAAACAAUUAUAUGUUUUUUCAAUAAAUGGCACAUUAAUUGAUCAAUUUACAUGGGAUCAUAAUGACAUUGUUGAUAUAUGUUAUGAUUAUUAUUCAUCAACAUUAGCCAAUGAUUUAUUUUUUGUUUUAUCAACAAAUGGUAGUGUUUAUUCAUUUGAAUAUAAUUUUGAUGAACAUACCUAUUCAUUAUUAAAAAUAAUUGCUGUUAAUAAUCAAACAUAUUAUACUCAAUUAAUAUGUGAUUCCAAAUUAUCUUAUUUAUAUCUUUUUAUGUCAAGUAAACAUCGACUUGAUCAAUGGACAAUAAAUAAAACUAAACGUAAUAUAAUUCAUUGUUCAAAUCAAUUAAUUAUAACGAAUGAUCAUGUUGAACAUUUAUGUACAUCUGAUCAACAAUUAGCUUUAUUAUUACGUGAUAAAAAGAAAAUCUUAAAUUAUCGUAUUGAAUUACGAAAUUUUAGUGAUUUACUUGUAACAAUAUGUUCGAUAGCACUUGAUCGUAUAUCGAAACCAAUGAAGAUUAUAUUUGAUAAUCGUCAUGGAUUUAUUUUAUCGAGUGGAAAUCAAUUAUGUUCAUUUGGAAAUGAUGGUGAAAUUAUUUCUAAACGUAUUUUUGAAGAUAUCAAUGAAAUAAAACGAGUAACGUUUUGUCAACGAUCUACUUGUGCUAUUCUGACAGAGAAUGAUCAACUUUUAUUUUAUAUACUUUCUAAAUAA